AUGGCAGAAAAUGCGAAGCGAAAUGACCAUUCGCCUUUGGCGGACGCACCAAGGAAGAGGGCCAAGUAUACUCAGGUUGCGUGCGUCAGCAAUGAGUGCAAGCGGCGCAAGUUGAAAUGUAGUGGGGGGGAGAUCUGCAUGAGAUGUAGUAGAAACGAUAUACCGUGUAUAUUCCCUGCCAAUCGACCCAUCGUUUCUCCAUCAGGCGAGGUCGAGAACGAGCGCCAAUCAUCUCAGUUCCAAAAGAUUGACCAACAUCUCGCGAAUCUACAACAGGAGAUUCGGACCAUUUCCGGCCGUCUACAUCAACUUGAGUCGUCAAGCCCCUUGGCUUCUUCGAAGCCGUCACCUGGAAUGAGUACUGGAGCACAUGCUCUGCAGCGAAUCUUGAAUCCUCCCAAAUCUCCGACUUUUGUUGGUCCCACGAGUGCCGAGUUUGGCCUUGGUCAACAACAAGCGAGCUUGACUGCCCCCGAGAACGUUGGACGCACUGCCGGAGGCGAAAACGAACCGCAAGACUCUAACGAAUCAACACCCGCGCCUCUAAGCUUGGCGGCUUCUUCAGAAAGGGAAGGGCCUAUUGAUGGGGAUCCCCUGAAAGCUCUAGGCCUCGAGGAGACGCUCCGCUUGGUCCAAGUAUAUGAGGAUGCUGUAGGAAUAAUGUAUCCUUGUGUUGACUUGACUAGCCUGCGAACAUAUGUGGUCCAGUUCUAUCAUACUUACGACCCGGUCAUGGAUAAGAUGGCAGAUCCUACUCUCGCAGACUCUGACCAAGAUUGGUUCCAUGCGCGUGAUGUUCAGGUUCUCAAGAUCCUUUGCGCGAUAGCCUUGUUGGUGGAGUCGCACGGUCGGAGCGAGCGCGCGGCUCAGCUGGCCGAUAGUGUGGAAGAUCGAUUUGCCAGUAGGCUUAAAAUUGCCGACGUGGACAUGAAGGAAAUUCUCCUGUUAGUCUUAUUGUCUAUUUUUCACUCUUAUCGUGAUGACGAGGUAAUCGCAUGGCGGUUAACCGGCAUGGCGGCUCGUGGUUGUAUGGAACUCGGUCUUCACUUUCAGGAAACCUGGCAGAAGGCUGGCGGGGUCUUCCCUGGGGCGCUUGAAUGGAUGUGGGCGAGCCGGUUAUUCUGGUGCAUCUAUGUAUUGGACCGGAAAUGGUCUUUCGGCACAGGGCUGCCAUUCGCAAUCCAGGACUCCGACAUGGAUACAGAUUUACCAGAGCCAGGACAUUCGACGCCCUAUCUGAUGUGCAUGAUCUCUUAUGCCCGCCUUGGCGCUAAAAUAUGGGGCCUGGUUAUCGGGUGGUCGAGACGCUCACAUCAAGCGACCUCGGAAAGCUGUGCAAUCUUGGACGCGGAGGUUCAAAAGUGGGUUCAUUCUAUACCACAGGAGCUGCGGUUUGAUCCGAAUUGGCGCUCUCCAUCAGGGCCGGAACACACAGAUAGAACUAUGAUGCUGCAAGUGCUCCUUGCUCUCCAAGCAAAUCAGCUUCGGAUCUUGGUAUACCGACAGAAUCUUUUGAACAGUGAACGUAUCGCUGAAAAUGUUUCCGGUGCUUCUAUUGCCGUGGAAACGGCCAAGAAAACCAUACACAUGUUGGACUAUUUCAGUCGCGUAUCCAACAUUUACUUUCAACGCCCCGAACCUUUCAACUACUUCUUGAUAUCUGCAAUGGCGGCCUUGCUUUUGGGCGUGAGACAUGCACCAGGUACUUUCAGUCAAACUUGCCGGCCAGAGUUCUACAUCGCCGUUGAUAUGGUUCGCCGAUCUGCGACUCGCGCACGAACCUCGCGGCGGCUGCAAAAGAUCAUCCGUAGCCUCAAACGGAUCCAGUCUAACUUCCAUACACAUAACCAAACUUCAGGUUUUUCGUCGAGUUAUGAGAACCGGGCAUAUGGCACACCUGCUGAUACGCGACGUCUUUCAUCCUGGAAACGCGGGACCUCAUGGUAUCCGUCGGAUACGACCCCGGUAUCUUCCGUCAGAGAUUCGCCAAUGCCUAUUAAUUCUUCCUUCUUACCGCAGAGUCGAGGGAAGUCGCAGCCUUCUUCGACUUCGUUAUGGCCCCUUUCACCUGGCACGGCAGCUGACGCAGAAUCUCACAGCUGUGAAGACCUGAGUAGCUUCUUUGAGUAUGCCGGCGACCUCUAUUUUGAUCCGGGGGCCGAAAUGAGCUUUCUGAACGGGGUGAAUAUGGGCGUUGCACAAUCCGGAGACUCCCGAUUGCCGACUACAUUUGGCACACUUCAAGAUGAUGACCAAGAGCUAACACGCGUGAUGGCCGGCCUUCUCUGA